UCACACACACACACACCCAAUAAAGUUUCACUAUCAUUCCCCAACAACAACCAAUCCCUCGAUUUCUAUUUUCUCUCCGUGGAUCUUAUGGACACCAAAAUCGGAUCGAUCGACGCGUGCAAGCCGACGAAUGGCGACGCAGUGGUGAACCACUUGGAGGAUGCUCAUGAACAGAUCGACAAGGCGAUAUCAACAGCUCUGAAAGAGAGCAAGCCUGUGUAUAUCAGCAUCAGCUGCAACUUAGCUGCUACUCCUCAUCCUACUUUCAGCCGUGAUCCUGUCCCCUUCUCCCUUACUCCAAGAUUGAGCAACAAGAUGGGUCUUGAAGCUGCGGUUGAAGCAACGUUGGAGUUCCUCAACAAGGCCGUGAAGCCGGUCAUGGUCGGAGGUGUCAAAUUGCGUAUGCAGUACGGGUCGAUCGGGUGGUCAGUUGGUGCGACGCUGGGAUAUGCACAGGCGGUACCAGAGAAGCGAGUGUUGGCCUUCAUCGGGGACGGGAGUUUCCAAGUGACGGCUCAGGACAUAUCCACGAUGCUGCGUAACGGUCAGAAAACGAUCAUCUUCCUGAUCAACAAUGGUGGCUACACCAUUGAAGUAGAGAUUCAUGACGGUCCAUACAACGUGAUCAAGAACUGGAACUACACCGGUCUCGUCGAUGCCAUUCAUAACGGUGAAGGCAAAUGCUGGACUACAAAGGUGAGGUACGAGGAGGAGUUGGUGGAAGCGAUUAAGACGGCGACAUCGGAGAAGAAAGAUUGUCUCUGUUUCAUCGAAGUGAUUGUUCACAAAGAUGACACGAGCAAAGAGUUGCUUGAGUGGGGCUCACGUGUCGCAGCUGCUAAUGGUCGUCCCCCCAACCCUCAGUAA